AUGUCUCUUUUCUCUGCUUACAUUAUGACAGGAUACAGGGAUGAUAUUAAGCACUCUUCCCUCUUCUAUGCAAUGUCUCUUUUCUCUGCUUACAUUAUGACAGGAUACAGGGAUGAUAUUAAGCACACUCUUCCCUCUUCUAUGCUAUGUCUCUUUUUCUCUGCUUACAUUAUGACAGGAUACAGGGAUGAUAUUAAGCACACUCUUCCCUCUUCUAUGCAAUGUCUCUUUUCUCUGAUACCCUCUUCUAUGCAAUGUCUCUUUUUCUCUGCUUACAUUAUGACAGGAUACAGGGAUGAUAUUAAGCACACUCUUCCCUCUUCUAUGCAAUGUCUCUUUUUCUCUGCUUACAUUAUGACAGGAUACAGGGAUGAUAUUAAGCACCUCUUCCCUCUUCUAUGCUAUGAUACAGGGAUGAUAUUAAGCAUACACUACCCCUCUUCUAUACAAUGUCUCUUUUUCUCUGCUUACAUUAUGACAGUAUACAGGGAUGAUAUUAAGCACACUCUUCCUUCUUCUAUGCUAUGUCUCUUUUUAUCUGCUUACAUUAUGACAGUAUACAGGUAUGAUAUUAAGCACACUCUUCCCUCUUCUAUACUAUGUCUCUUUUUCUCGGCUUACAUUAUGACAGGAUACAGGGAUGAUAUUAGCCCUCUUCCCUCUUCUUCCCCUCUUCUAUGA